UGGCGCGGCGGGCGGCGGGGCCCGCGGGGCGCGCAGAGGAGCGGCCGCGGCGCGGAGGCGGCCGGAGCGCGGCCCCGCCAUGGGCUUCCUGCACCAGCUGCAGCUGCUGCUCUGGAAGAACGCGACGCUGAAGCGCCGGAGCCCGUGGGUUCUGGCCUUUGAGAUCUUCAUACCUCUGGUUCUCUUCUUCAUUCUGCUGGGGCUUCGGCAGAAGAAACCAACCAUCUCUGUGAAGGAAGUCUCCUUCUACACGGCAGCACCCCUCACCUCUGCUGGCAUCCUGCCUGUCAUGCAGUCGCUGUGCCCAGAUGGCCAGCGGGAUGAGUUCGGCUUCCUGCAGUAUGCCAACUCCACGGUCACGCAACUGCUGGAGCGCCUCAGCCGUGUGGUGGAGGAGGGCAACCUGUUCGAGCCCACGCGGCCCAGCCUGGGCUCCGAGCUGGAGGCCCUGCGCCAGCACCUGGAGGUCCUCAGCUCCGGCCCAGACUCCUGGGAGAGCCGUCCGGACAGACCUGCAGGGUCCUUCUCUCUGGACUCGGUGGCCAGGGACCCGAGGGAGCUCUGGCGUUUCCUGACACAGAACCUGUCGCUGCCUAACAGCACAGCCCAGGCCCUCCUGGCUGCCCAGGUGGGCCUGCCCGAGGUCUAUCGCCUGCUUCCUGGCCCUUCACCUGCUCUGGAUGCUGAGUCAGGCAUUCCUAGGGCUCAUGAGCUAUGGAGCCGCCUGGGUAGCAAUCACCUACUCCAGAUGGAGGAGCUGCUCUUGGCUCCCGCCCUCCUGGAGCAGCUGACAUGCACGCCAGGCUCCAGGGAGCUGGGCCGGAUCCUCACUGUGCCCCAGGGUCAGCAGACCGCGCUUCAGGGCUACCAGGACACUGUGUGUAGUGGGCAGGCUGCAGCCCGCGCCCGGCGCUUUUCUGGGCUGGCUGCUGAGCUCCGGAACCAGCUGGAUGUGGCCAAGAUCGCCCAGCAGCUGGGCUUCGACGCCCCGAACGGCUCGGCCCCCCAGCAGCAGCGCCCCCCUCCAAGGCAGCUGCGGGCGCUGCUGGAGGACCUGCUGGAGGCUCAAGAGGCUCUGCGGGACGUGGACGUCCUUUCGGCCUUGGCCCUGCUGCUGCCCCAGGGCGCCUGUGCGGGGCGGGCUCCAGGGUCCCCCGCCAGCGGCCCUGGUGGGACGGCCAACGGAACCUGGGCCGGCGCAGGUGCCAACUCCACGGCGGAGGAGGGUGCCCCGUCCGCGGCAGCCCCGGGCUCCCCCGACGCAACGCAGGGCCAGUGCUCGGCCUUCGUGCAGCUCUGGGCAGGGCUGCAGCCCAUCCUGUGCGGCAACAACCGCACCAUCGAGCCCGAGGCGCUGCGGCGCGGCAACAUGAGCUCCCUGGGCUUCACGAGCAAGGAGCAGAGGAACCUGGGCCUCCUCGUGCACCUCAUGACCAGCAACCCCAAGAUCCUGUACGCGCCCGCCGGCUCCGAGGCGGACCGUGUCAUCCUCAAGGCCAAUGAGACGUUUGCCUUUGUAGGCAAUGUGACUCACUACGCCCAGGUGUGGCUCAACAUCUCUGCUGAGCUCCGCAGCUUCCUGGAGCAGGGCAGGCUUCAGCAGCACCUGCGCUGGCUGCGGCAGUACACAGCUGAGCUGCGGCUGCGCCCUGAAGCACUGAACCUGACUCUCGGAGACCUGCCGCCUGCCCUGCGCCAGGACAGCUUCUCCCUGCCCAGUGGCUCGGCCCUCCUGCAGCAGCUGGACACCAUUGACAAUGCCGCUUGUGGCUGGAUCCAGUUCAUGUCCAAGGUGAGUGUGGACAUCUUCAAGGGCUUUCCUGAUGAGGAGAGCAUCGUCAACUACACCCUCAACCAGGCCUACCAGGAUAAUGUCACCGUGUUUGCCAGCGUGAUCUUCCAGACGCACAAGGACGGCUCCCUGCCGCCCCACGUGCACUACAAGAUCCGCCAGAACUCCAGCUUCACCGAGAAAACCAAUGAGAUCCGCAGGGCCUACUGGCGACCGGGGCCCAACACUGGCGGCCGCUUCUACUUCCUGUACGGCUUUGUGUGGAUCCAAGACAUGAUGGAGCGCGCCAUCAUCAACACCUUCGUGGGCCACGACGUGGUGGAGCCGGGCAACUACGUGCAGAUGUUUCCAUACCCCUGCUACACACGCGACGACUUCCUGUUUGUCAUUGAGCACAUGAUGCCGCUCUGCAUGGUGAUCUCGUGGGUCUACUCGGUGGCCAUGACCAUCCAGCACAUCGUGGCAGAGAAGGAGCACCGGCUGAAGGAGGUGAUGAAGACCAUGGGCCUGAACAAUGCCGUGCACUGGGUGGCCUGGUUCAUCACCGGCUUUGUGCAGCUGUCCAUCUCCGUGACGGCGCUCACCGCCAUCCUCAAGUACGGCCAGGUGCUCAUGCACAGCCACGUGCUCAUCAUCUGGCUCUUCCUGGCUGUCUACGCCGUGGCCACCAUCAUGUUCUGCUUCCUGGUCUCCGUGCUGUACUCCAAGGCCAAGCUGGCCUCAGCCUGUGGUGGCAUCAUCUAUUUCCUGAGCUACGUGCCCUAUAUGUAUGUGGCAAUCCGUGAGGAGGUGGCCCACGAUAAGAUCACCGCCUUCGAGAAGUGCAUUGCGAGUCUGAUGUCCACAACCGCCUUUGGCCUGGGAUCCAAGUACUUUGCUCUGUACGAGGUGGCCGGUGUGGGCAUCCAGUGGCACACAUUCAGCCAGUCGCCCGUGGAAGGGGAUGACUUCAACCUGCUCCUGGCUGUUACCAUGCUGAUGGUGGACGCAGCCGUCUAUGGUGUUCUCACGUGGUACAUCGAGGCAGUGCACCCAGGAAUGUAUGGGCUGCCCCGGCCCUGGUACUUCCCACUGCAGAAGUCCUACUGGCUGGGCAGUGGGCGGACAGAGGCAUGGGAGUGGAACUGGCCAUGGGCUCGCGCCCCCCGGCUCAGCGUCAUGGAGGAAGACCAGGCCUGUGCCAUGGAGAGCAGGCGCUUGGAGGAGACACGGGGCAUGGAGGAGGAGCCCACCCACCUGCCGCUGGUGGUCUGUGUGGACAAGCUCACCAAGGUCUACAAGAACGACAAGAAGCUGGCUUUGAACCGGCUGAGCCUGAACCUCUACGAGAACCAGGUGGUGUCCUUCCUGGGCCACAACGGAGCCGGCAAGACCACCACCAUGUCUAUCCUCACCGGACUGUUCCCACCGACCUCUGGUUCGGCCACCAUCUACGGGCAUGACAUCCGCACAGAGAUGGAUGAAAUCCGCAAGAACCUGGGCAUGUGUCCGCAGCACAAUGUGCUCUUUGAUCGGCUCACGGUGGAGGAGCAUCUCUGGUUCUACUCGCGGCUGAAGAGCAUGGCCCAGGAGGAGAUCCGCAAGGAGAUGGACAAGAUGAUCGAAGACCUGGAGCUCUCCAACAAGCGGCACUCACUGGUGCAGACGCUGUCAGGCGGCAUGAAACGCAAGCUCUCCGUGGCCAUCGCCUUUGUGGGUGGCUCCCGCGCCAUCAUCCUCGAUGAGCCCACAGCCGGCGUGGACCCCUAUGCGCGCCGUGCCAUCUGGGACCUCAUCCUGAAGUACAAGCCGGGCCGUACCAUCCUGCUGUCCACCCACCACAUGGAUGAGGCCGACCUUCUUGGGGACCGCAUCGCCAUCAUCUCCCACGGGAAACUCCAGUGCUGCGGCUCCCCGCUGUUCCUCAAGGGGGCCUAUGGGGAUGGCUACCGUCUCACGCUGGUCAAGCGGCCUGCUGAGCCUGGGGGCCCCCAAGAGCCAGGGCUAACGGCCAGCCCCCCAGCUCGGACCCGGCUGAGCAGCUGCUCCGAGCCCCAGGUGUCCCAGUUCAUCCGCAAGCACGUGGCCUCUUGCCUCCUGGUCUCAGACACGAGCACCGAACUCUCCUACAUCCUGCCCAGUGAGGCCGCCAGAAAGGGGGCCUUCGAGCGUCUCUUCCAGCACCUGGAGCGCAGCUUGGACGCCCUGCACCUGAGCAGCUUCGGGCUGAUGGACACGACCCUGGAGGAGGUGUUCCUGAAGGUGUCGGAGGAGGACCAGUCCCUGGAGAGCAGCGAGGCCGACGUGAAGGAGUCCAGGAAAGAUGUGCAGCCCAGCGCAGAAGGCCUGGCAUCGUCCGGGGAAGCUCACACUGGUAACCUGGCCCGCUGUGCGGAGCUGGCCCGGUCGCAGGCAUCCCUGCAGUCCGUGUCUUCGGUGGGCUCUGCCCAUGGUGACGAGGGAGCUGGCUAUGCUGACAUCUGUGGCGACUACCGUCCCCUCUUGGACAAUCUGCAGGACCCUGACAACGUCAGCUUGCAAGAGGCUGAGAUGGAGGACCUCACGAGGGUUGGCCAGGGCAGCCGCAAACUGGAGGGCUGGUGGCUGAAGGUGCGCCAAUUCCACGGGCUGCUGGUGAAGCGUUUCCACUGUGCCCGCCGCAACUCCAAGGCGUUGUCCUCCCAGAUCCUGCUGCCUGCCUUCUUCGUCUGUGUGGCCAUGACCGUGGCCCUCUCUGUCCCUGAGAUCGGUGACCUGCCCCCACUGGUCCUGUCGCCUUCCCAGUACCACAACUACACCCAGCCUCGCGGCAACUUCAUCCCCUACGCCAACGAGGAGCGCCAGGAGUACCGGUUGCGGCUGUCACCCGACGCCAGCCCCCAUCAGCUUGUAAGCACCUUCCGGCUGCCCUCAGGUGUGGGUGCCACCUGUGUGCUCAAGUCUCCUGCCAAUGGCUCACUGGGGCCCACGCUGAACCUGAGCAGUGGAGAGUCGCGCCUGCUGGCUGCACGGUUCUUUGACAGCAUGUGCCUGGAGUCCUUCACGCAGGGGCUGCCGCUGUCCAACUUCGUGCCGCCCCCACCCUCGCCCGCUCCGUCCGACUCCCCUCUGUCCCUGGAUGAGGAUCUGCUGCAGGCCUGGAAUGCCUCCCUGCUACCCACCUUGGGGCCAGAGAACUGGACAUCAGCGCCCUCCCUGCCACACCUGGUGCGGGAGCCCAUCCGCUGCACCUGCUCUGUGCAGGGCACCGGUUUCUCCUGCCCAGGAGGUGUGAGUGGGCACCCGCCCCAGAUGCGAGUGGUUACAGGUGACAUCCUGACUGACAUCACCGGCCACAAUGUUUCUGAGUACCUGCUCUUUACCUCUGACCGCUUCCGGCUGCACCGGUAUGGGGCCAUCACCUUCGGCAACAUCCAGAAGUCCAUCCCAGUCUCAUUUGGUGCCCGGGCCCCGGCCAUGGUGCGGAAGAUCGCAGUACGAAGGGCAGCCCAGGUUUUUUACAACAAUAAAGGCUACCACAGCAUGCCCACAUACCUCAACAGCCUCAACAAUGCCAUCCUGCGUGCCAAUCUGCCCAAGAGCAAGGGCAACCCGGCAGCCUACGGCAUCACUGUCACCAACCACCCCAUGAACAAGACAAGCGCCAGCCUCUCCCUGGAUUACCUGCUGCAGGGCACAGAUGUGGUCAUCGCCAUCUUCAUCAUUGUGGCCAUGUCCUUCGUGCCAGCCAGCUUCGUGGUCUUCCUGGUGGCUGAGAGGUCUACCAAGGCCAAACACCUGCAGUUUGUCAGCGGCUGUAACCCAGUCAUCUAUUGGCUGGCCAACUACGUGUGGGAUAUGCUCAACUACCUGGUCCCCGCCACUUGCUGCGUCAUCAUCCUGUUUGUGUUCGACUUGCCGGCCUACACAUCCCCCACCAACUUUCCUGCCGUGCUCUCGCUCUUCCUGCUCUAUGGGUGGUCCAUCACCCCCAUCAUGUACCCGGCCUCCUUCUGGUUCGAGGUCCCCAGUUCGGCCUACGUGUUCCUCAUCGUCAUCAACCUCUUCAUUGGCAUCACAGCCACCGUGGCCACCUUCCUGCUGCAGCUCUUCGAGCAUGACAAGGACCUGAAGGUUGUCAACAGCUACCUGAAGAGCUGCUUCCUUAUCUUCCCCAACUACAACCUGGGCCACGGGCUCAUGGAGAUGGCCUACAAUGAGUACCUCAACGAGUACUAUGCCAAGAUCGGCCAGUUUGACAAGAUGAAGUCCCCAUUCGAGUGGGACAUUGUCACCAGGGGGCUGGUGGCCAUGACGGUGGAGGGCUUCGUGGGCUUCUUCCUCACCAUCAUGUGCCAGUACAACUUCCUGCGGCAGCCGCAACGCAUGCCAGUGUCUACCAAGCCCGUAGAGGAUGAUGUGGAUGUGGCCAGCGAGCGGCAGCGAGUUCUGCGGGGAGAUGCUGACAAUGACAUGGUCAAAAUUGAGAACCUGACUAAGGUGUACAAGUCGCGGAAGAUUGGCCGCAUCCUGGCUGUGGACCGCCUGUGCCUGGGUGUGCGCCCUGGCGAGUGCUUCGGCCUCCUGGGCGUCAAUGGCGCGGGCAAGACUAGCACUUUCAAGAUGUUAACGGGAGAUGAGAGCACCACGGGCGGCGAGGCUUUCAUCAAUGGGCACAGCAUCCUCAAGGAGCUGCUCCAAGUACAGCAGAGUCUGGGCUACUGCCCGCAGUUUGACGCCCUGUUCGACGAGCUCACCGCCCGGGAGCACCUGCAGCUGUACACGCGGCUGCGGGGCAUCCCCUGGAAGGACGAGGCCCGGGUGGUCAAGUGGGCCCUGGAGAAGCUGGAGCUGAUCAAGUACGCAGACAAGCCGGCUGGCACCUACAGUGGGGGCAACAAGCGCAAGCUGUCCACAGCCAUUGCCCUCAUCGGGUACCCUGCCUUUGUCUUCCUGGACGAGCCCACCACAGGCAUGGAUCCCAAGGCCAGGCGCUUCCUCUGGAACCUCAUCCUCGACCUCAUCAAGACGGGGCGCUCAGUGGUGCUGACCUCCCACAGCAUGGAGGAGUGCGAGGCGCUGUGCACGCGGCUGGCCAUCAUGGUGAAUGGGCGCUUGCGCUGUCUGGGCAGCAUCCAGCACCUGAAGAACCGGUUUGGAGACGGCUACAUGAUCACGGUGAGGACCAGGAGCAGCCAGAAUGUGAAGGACGUGGUGCGGUUCUUCAACCGGAACUUCCCAGAGGCCGUGCUCAAGGAGCGUCACCACACCAAGGUGCAGUAUCAGCUGCAGCCGGAGGACAUCUCGCUGGCACAGGUGUUCAGCAAGAUGGAGCAGGUGGUGGGCGUGCUGGGCAUCGAGGACUACUCGGUCAGCCAGACCACCCUGGACAACGUGUUCGUGAACUUCGCCAAGAAGCAGAGCGACAACCUGGAGCAGCAGGAGACAGAGCCCCCCUCAGCCCUGCAGUCCCCCCUGGGUCGCCUGCUCAGCCUGUUCCGGCCGCGGCCUGUGCCCACCGAGCUGCGGGCACUGGUGGCUGACGAGCCUCAGGACCUGGACACGGAGGACGAGGGCCUCAUCAGCUUUGAGGAGGAGCGGGCCCAGCUCUCCUUCAACACAGACACACUCUGCUGACCUCUGGGAUCCGGCUCGAGGACACAGGAUGGAAACAGAAGUCAGGCGGUGGCCGAGCCUCACCCCAUACCCCCAGUGACCAGCCACAAGGCCCUGGAGUGGGAGGUCCAGGACCAUGGGCUUAAUGUCCCCUCCAGCAACUCCCGCCCCCGCCUGUCCUCAACCCUGCCCUUGGCCACGGUGCCACCCUCCCCAGUUGUGCCAAAGGCUGGCCCAGUCCUGGGCUGUGCAAACCCUCGCCCUGCUCUGCCUUAAAGCCUUGGGGUCUGGCCAGCCCCUCACCUCUGCCCCUGCCCAGCUCUGCCCAUUGCCCCCAGGGCCACUGGGGUGACAUGGCCUGCCGCAUACUAUCUGCCCCCCACCCCCCCAGUCUUGGCCUCCUGAGCCUGCAUUUUUCUUACACCCACUCAGAGGGGCGUGGCUACAGGCCUGGGGCCGAGGUUGGGGGUUGGUUUAGGUCCCACCCCCAGGCACCUAUUUAUUUUGCUUUUGAAAGAGGCUCCCUCCCCCAGCUUUCCUGCAGGGAGGGUGCUACCCAAGGAAAGCCAUUAGGAUGGGUGGUGGGCUGGGUAGCCGGGCCAGAUCCCCUCCCUAACCCGUCCAGCUGCUGUUGCUCUCCCACACAGCUUGGCCCCUGCCCACCCAACCACCCACCUAGGAGCCAGACCUGUAUAUAGAGCACAGAUGUUUGUUUAAAUAAAUAAACAGAAAAGCCCGUGCGAG